AAGACCUUCCUGGUCCAAGUUGUAAGCUUGUAGCACAUGGAUUUUACAUUUGUUUAUCAAGUCCACGCUAAUUUUCAGUAGUCAUUGUUCCUGCAGAUACAUUAUACAGUGUAUUAGGCCAUCAGAAGAUAUCAGUAUUUCAGCUAUGUGUUCAUUCAAGUUUUUUGUUCGAGUACUAGUAGCAGUAGUAGUAGUAGUGAUCGGAGCAGGUUCAGUGACAAAUGUUUCGGGUCAGAACGAAAAAACUGAUGAUUGCAACAUAGUAAAAAGAUGCAAGAAAACUGGCCCAAGCGUCCGUUUCCCUUUCUAUCUUAGUACCAACAAGCUUGAUUCAUGUGUAAACUCGUACCCUUCAGGUUUUAAGCUCUUUUGCAGAGGCAAAGACACCGUGCUUCAGUUUAAGUAUUUAUCCGAUACAUCUGUAAACGGACAACAGCUCUCAUUUUCUAUAGAUGCAUCCGUCAAUGAAAUCAAUUACAAUUCACAAGAGGUAAUUCUCGGAUCAUUUAUGUUUACAAGUCCUCAUGCGCUGAUCCGGGCCUCCUUGAAUUCCAAUUCAAGUUCUGAUAUUGUUGCACCAUUCAAGAUUUCAGAAGGGAAUUUGUUCCUCAAUAACUAUACUUUCUUCAAUUGUUCAUCAGAAGGUGACAGACUGUUUAGGUCUUUUGUUCCAAGCGUGACUCUCUUCUCGAAUGAGGCUAGUUUCCAGUAUUACGCCUUCUUGUCAAAUUCAUUUUACACUUUUGAUGUGCCUAUCAGAUCAUGCACCAGGAAGUACAGUGUCUCUGGUGCCCCUCUUUUGCUCGAUUACCGAAUUUCUGAGCGCCAUUAUGAUCAGCUUCGGAUGAAUUGGUUCACACCAAAUUGUAGAAAAUGUGAAGCCAGUGGAGAAUAUUGCAAGUUCAGUAACAAUACAAGUAGCAGCAGCAGUAGUAACCUCAUUCGAAAUGGCACCAGCACUGUAUGUUUCCCCAUACCAGCGCCUCCGCCUGCAGUAAGAGGUCAUGGUGCAUCAAUCAGGUCAGUGUUAUCAAAGCCAUCAGGGAUAGUCCCUAGUGCAUUGUUCAUUGCUCUUGUGUUAGCUGGGGUACUAUACUAUGUGAUCAGGUCACGUCAUCUAAAGGAAGAAGAUCGUCAGAGGAUUGAGAUGUUUAUGAAUGAUUACAAAGCUAUGAAACCAACAAGAUAUUCGUAUGUUGAUAUCAAGAAAAUAACUAAUCAUUUCAGUGAAAAAUUAGGCCAAGGUGGCUUCGGAUCAGUCUACAAAGGCCAGAUCACUGAUGAGAUUGUUGUUGCAGUUAAGGUCCUCAAUAUUGAUUCCAAAAGUAAUGGGGAUGACUUCAUCAACGAAGUAGGCACUAUCGGACGUAUCCAUCAUGUUAAUGUGGUUCGCCUUGUGGGGUAUUGCGCUGAUGGAUGCAAUCGAGCUCUGGUUUAUGAGUUCCAACCUAAUGAUUCUCUCCAAAAGUUUACUUACUCUGCAAUAAACAAUAAGAACAACUUCCUUGGUUGGGAGAAGAUGCAAGAAAUUGCUCUAGGUAUAGCUAAAGGAAUCGAAUAUCUUCACCAAGGAUGUGCCCAGCAGAUUCUUCACUUUGAUAUCAAACCUCACAAUAUCUUGUUGGAUCAAACUUUCACUCCCAAAAUUGCUGAUUUUGGGUUGGCUAAAUUGUGUUCCAAGGACCAGAGUAUUGUAUCAAUGACUAUGGCUAGAGGAACCAUUGGUUAUAUUGCGCCAGAAGUAUUUUCUAGGAAUUUCGGGAAGGUGUCAUCAAAAUCAGAUGUUUACAGUUUUGGAAUGUUAUUGCUCGAAAUGGUUGGAGCUAGGAACAACGAAGCAGCAGUAAACAGCAGUGAUACGUACUUUCCAGAAUGGAUAUAUCGUCGGUUGGAGGGAGGUGGAGAAGUGGCAAUCCAAAUAUUAGAGAAAGAAGAAGACACGAAUAUAGCAAGAAAGCUGACAAUUGUGGGUCUUUGGUGCAUAGGGUGGCAUCCGGCAGACAGACCAUCCAUGACUCGAGUGAUCCAGAUGCUAGAAAAACCAGAUUGUCCAGCAAUGCCACCUAAUCCUUUUGGUGCCGCAAGUUCAGCACCUUUUAGUGCUGCAUAUUCAGUACAUUCCAGCCUCUUUUCGAACGAGCUCGAUGUUAUUUCCGAAUCCGAAAAACAAGAUUAAGUACACAAGUAUAGUUUGAUCUAUUCUUCUAUAAUAGUAUUAUCAAUUGUUUCAA